AUGGAGACCAUCAGUCGACUACCCCGACGCCUGACACAGCUCUACUCCGACACCAAAACCACAUGCGAUGCCGUCGUCGAGCAGGAUGCCAAAGAUACGCCCGAGUCGCAUGCGCUGCACCGCAAAUUCAGAAUCCAAAAGGACCGGCUGAUAACAUGGGGCGUGGACUGGAGCGACAACUCCAAAGGGAAGCAGGGCGACAUCGAUGAGAGCGUGGAAGAGGCAGGCAUGACGGAGACGGUCACAAGCGUGCUCGGAACCAUCAAGGAAAUCCUCGAUGAGGCGGAACAGAUGCACCCGGGCACGUCUGCUGCGGGUGGGGGAAAGACAAUGUCUGGAGAGAAGAGCCGGCCUGACCUUCCCUCGUGGGCGGCCGCCGACAGGUCACGUUACGAGGAUCUCAUCAAGGACCUCACCACCUCUAUCGACAUACUCUAUGACCUCUCACGGAACCGCAGAGUCCAAAGAAGCAAUGAGCGUGGUAUUAGUCCAGGAAAAGCUACACCGCAUCACAGCACAUCUACUCCUGUCUUCCUGUCGCCUGACUACAACGCCUCUGACUUAACGCUCGUCAAUCCUGCUACCUUUCCUCUGAAUGCACAUACCCCCAGAUCCCAUCUUCCACCCAAGCUGGACCCUGCAGACCUAAUCCUCCCCGACGAGGAACCUCCGCCAUACGAGAGCGUUGGAACUACCUCUGUUCGCGUCAUCGGCCGCCUGCGGUCUCGCCACAGUUCCACCAACCCCUGGAAGACGGAUGGCAGCAGGAACAUAGAGACUUGCGUUUUGAUCGACUACGCAUGCUACGAUCCCGCCUACCGUCUCACUGGAGUCUCUCCGUCCACUCAGCGCCUUGAGAGCCUUCUGUCAAUACUCACAAAGCUUUCCAACAACCAGUCUUUCCACGGGACCCUCAAGUGCCUUGGCUAUUUCGAAGAUCCAAAGCAGCCGCGCUUUGGCCUGGUCUUCGAGCUGCCCACCUCAGUCUACUUAGGGCCAUCCGAUUCGCACAAGCCAGUCGAGGAGCUCAAGCCAGUGACGCUGCUCAGUGUAUUGCAGACAGGCUCCAAGUCUUUGCACAACCCCAACAGUGCCACCCCGCCACUCGAGGACCGCUUUCGUCUAGCUUUCACGCUCGCCUUGACCUUUAGCAAGAUCCACGGCGACAAUUUUCUCCACCAAGACGUCAAUAGCAGCAACAUUAUGGUUUUCAAGAAGAACAAAAGGCAGUCUGCGAAUAGCAGAGCAUUGCAAUACUCGCUGCGAUCGCCUGUAAUAUGUUCCUUCGAUCUAUUCUCUGACUUCGACAUCGACACCGACAAGGCGAAACCAACACUGAACAUCUACCGGCAUCCGGAGGACCCGAAGUUCACUGGAAGUCAAGACCAAAAGUACAAUGCCAAUUUCGAUCUCUAUGGCCUAGGGCUGGUGCUACUCGAAAUAGGAUUGUGGCAGCCUCUACUUGACCUGUGGAAGCAAAAGUACACCCUGGGCGACUUCAAGCAACGGAUAGAAGAUGUAUACAUCCGCAGGCUCGCUUCCAAAUGCGGCACAGCCUACAUGCAGGUUGUGCGCGAUUGCUUCUGGGCAGCUGAUGUUAAGGGCGACAAUGCGAUCGAUGUCCCGCAGGUCUACACUCGCAUCCUAACCAGAUUGCAACGCUGCUGCAUGCUGGAUGAGUCGGAACCCGGGUUUGACUUGAGCGAACUGAGACCGGGCGCUACACCGGUGCAGCAAGCAUCUCCGUUGAAACGCAAGAGCGCGAGCCAGCCACAGAUCGUCACCGAUGGCCAGUCAAGUCCGUCCUAUAGGAGCGCAAAGCGAUGGGCAUUGGAGAAGGGUACGCAAGCCUUGGAAAGGACUAAGUCUCUCUCGAAGAAGUCACCAGAUCUAUCAUUAGCUCGUAAUCCAUCACGGAGCUCGCAACACUCCAUCCGGAAGAGCAUCUCAGAAAGUCUUCGCAUGAUGAGCCCUAAAGAAGAAGCACCGGAGAUGGAGUGGGAACAGAAAGAACCUCUAGAAGAAUCAGGCACACUCGUCGCAACCCCGCCAAAUUCGCAAGACCCAAGCGAUAACUCUUCGCUGUACAGAGAGCGCGUAGCGACUGCCGCUUCAACGAUUCAGCGUGCAUGGCGGCAGUCUCGCGCCCCUUCCAAUGGAUGCACAACGCUUCAAGACUAUAAAGACAAGAUUACCGUUAUCCAAAAGGCUUGGCGCCAGACAAAGCAGAAACGCAGUAAUAACACUGUCUCGGCCCUCGUCAGUGACGGACUGCGACACUGGCCGCAAGCCACCCUUGGUUACCCAACACCUGAACCAGAAAUUCAGAGUAGGACGGUAGAUUCGAGUGAGAGCUACGUCACUUCGUCUAUACAGAUCGAGACCGACAUAGAGCCAAUCUCUCGGCCGAAGCUUCGUCUCUUCCCUGUCAAAUUCACACUUGAGAUUGUGGAAGAGUGGCACUCAUCCAUGUUACCCCGACUUGAGCGUCUAAUAGAACGGGCGCUCAAGGAUUCCGAAGAGACUGUCAGCAUUGAUCUCGUCGCCAUCGGAGAAGUACUAGAGAAAGCCAAGCCUACUGUGUUCGUUACCUGUACUAGUGUGGCAAAGGUCAAGGCCAUUCUCAGCCGUCGCUUCCGCUUCGAUGAGAAUAUAUAUGACCUCAAGGUCCGGAGGGGAAAGAUCAGGCGGUCCAAGAUGAGCCGUUCAUCGCGCCGCACUAGGCCACCACAUCGAUCCAUGAUGAACACCGACUCUUACGAUGCGGACAUGGCUGUGAUGAACCCUUACCAUCAGGACCGUCCAUUAUGCGGGGCUUCCAUUGGAGCCUUCAACGGUGAACACCUGCCUCCAGUGUCUUAUGGCGGAGUCAUCUUGGUUGACGAUGAGCCGCUUGGUAUGAGCGUUCAUCAUCUCCUCGACGCGCCAUCCGAAGAUGAAGAUGACGUUGGCGAAGAGCCCGAUAGCCCUUCUCCGAGCGAUGUGAUGCUGUCCAGCGCAGCGAACAAUCCUUGGUUGAUGGGAAUGGGUGCGCAACCAGAUCUUCACCUAGAGUCGGAUGAGCCCGCCGGCAUGUGGGAUCUCGAACUUUCAGACGAUGAGGACGUGCAGAGCCAGGAUGAUGACGCUGACCUUGAUUCAUUCGACUUCUCCGACAGUGAGCUUGAGUCUGAUGACGACUCUGCGGGUAUGUCGAUCCGACACUUCACACAUGUCACAAACGCUAACUCCGUCUCAGACAUGGCAGAUUCACAUAUCUCACACGCAACCAUGGGCGACAUUGACGGCAUUGCGCCAGGGGAAGGCGAGGAGAUAAAGAUCACACAACCAGCCAUCGAUGACGUAGGCGCCGACUUCUUCCCCUGCGAAGAAGAUCGCGACGACGACCAUCUCUCCUCGCAUGAACUAGGUCACGUCCACGCUUCUUCCGGCAUUCGCCGCUGGAAACGCGACGGCAUCCUCCACGAGAUCGACUGGGCGCUCCUCAAACUGAGGGAAGACCGCCUCCAACCAUAUAAUAUUUGCCAAGGAGGUCGACGCUUCUGCCUGGGCUCCAUGACACCAGAACAACGCGCCAUAGCAUCCAAGCUGGAGAAGCCAGUCAACCGCCGCAACUACACCCCCGAAGAAGACGAAUACCCCAACGGCGUAGCCCCCGCAUCCACCCUCGGUGGCAUGUCCGUGCACUGCUUCGGCCGCACCACCGGGCUUCAACCGGGCAUGGUCAGCAGCGUCAUGUCCGCCGUCCGCAUCUACCACCGCAAAUCCUUCUCCCGUUCCUGGCACGUUGCUGGCGGCUUCGGCAUCGGCGGCGACAGCGGAGCCUGGGUCGUACAAAACGGUCACCACAAAGUCGUUGGCCACGUGCUUGCCUUUUGCCAAAAGAACAAGAUCGCUUACAUUUGCCCUAUGGAAGUUCUUCUUGAAGAUAUUAAGCGCACCUUAGGUGCUAAGCGCAUCUAUCUCCCUGGCUCUGUGGAGCAGACGCUGUACAAAGCGAAGAAGGCGAGACACCAUGAUGUUAUCGAAGACUUGGGGUCGCGGGUGCAGGGUCUAGGUAUAAUAGACUCUGCGGUCGAUGUUAGGGAGAGUCUCAGCUCGGGUCCGCCGGGCAAUGGUGGUCUUUGGGAGAGACUGGAGAGAGGUGGAGAGAAUGAUAAGGAAAAUAUGAGGUCGGCCAUGCGGAGCAGUAUCAUGCGUGUCAAGGAGGGGAGAGAUGGGGGUUUGGAAAUGAGUGUCAAGUAG